AAAAUCAAAUGACAGUUGAAUCGAAAACUGAUUUUGCGACCUUUGCGACUGUGCAGUCAAUGGCGCACGAAUCGAGAUACGACAGAGAGAAGAAGAUGGCGGAGGGAGCUAAUGAUGCAGAGCUACUCAAGGAGAAGGCAAAUAAGUACUUCAAAGACAAAGACUACGAAAAUGCCAUCAAGUACUACACAGAGGCCCUGGAGCUCAACCCCUCCAAUGCCAUCUACUACAGCAACCGCAGCCUGGCCUACCUGCGCACAGAGUGCUACGGCUACGCCCUGGCGGACGCCACCAAGGCCCUGGACAUAGACAAGAACUACAUCAAGGGGUAUUACCGGCGGGCCACCUCCAACAUGGCGCUGGGCAAGUUCAAAGCCGCGCUCAAAGACUACGAAACGGUUGUGCGGGUGCGGCCCAACGACAAGGACGCGCGGAUGAAGUAUCAGGAAUGCAACAAGAUCGUCAAGCAGAAGGCCUUCGAGAGAGCCAUCGCCAGCGACGAGAUCAAGAAGUCUGUCGUCGACUCGCUGGACAUCGAAAGCAUGACCAUUGAGGACGACUACGUGGGCCCAAAGCUGGAGGAGGGAAAGGUCACGCAGCAGUUCAUGACAGAGAUGAUGGACUGGUUCAAGGAGCAGAAGAAACUGCACAGAAAGUGCGCCUAUCAGAUUUUGAUACAAGUCAAAGACGUCCUGUCAAAACUACCGAGUCUUGUGGAAGUCACACUGAAAGAGACAGAGAAAAUCACCAUCUGUGGAGACACGCACGGCCAGUAUUACGACCUCCUGAACAUCUUCGCUCUGAACGGCCUGCCCUCAGAGAGCAACCCUUACCUGUUCAACGGCGACUUCGUGGACCGCGGCUCUUUCUCCCUGGAGGUCAUCCUCACCCUGUUCGGUUUCAAGCUGCUCUACCCCGACAACUUCCACCUGCUGAGAGGUAACCACGAGACGGACAACAUGAACCAGAUGUACGGCUUCGAGGGGGAGGUCAAGGCCAAGUACACAGCCCAGAUGUUCCAGCUGUUCAGCGAGGUCUUCCAGUGGCUGCCCCUGGCCCAGUGCAUCAACAGCAAAGUGCUGGUUAUGCACGGGGGCCUGUUCAGCGAAGACGGCGUGACACUGGACGACCUUAGGAAGAUCGAAAGGAACAGACAACCUCCAGACUCAGGUCCCAUGUGCGACCUUCUCUGGUCAGACCCGCAGCCUCAGAACGGCCGGUCGGUCAGCAAGCGAGGCGUGAGCUGCCAGUUCGGCCCGGACGUGACGGAGCGCUUCCUGGAGCAGAACAAGCUGGACUACAUAGUGCGGAGCCACGAGGUCAAAUCCGAGGGCUACGAGGUCACUCACUCAGGGAAGUGCAUCACCGUCUUCUCAGCGCCCAACUACUGUGAUCAGAUGGGAAACAAAGGAGCGUACAUCCACCUCAGGGGAUCCGACCUCAAGCCAGAAUUUCACCAGUUCACUGCUGUGCCUCAUCCGAAUGUCAAGCCCAUGGCGUACGCCAACACGCUAAUGCAGCUGGGGAUGAUGUAGAGGCUCCACGCACCCGCCUGCGGCGCUGAUGACCACCCGUCAGACCCCCCCACCCCCC